CGCAGGCGAGCGAAUUCGGCGAGGGCACGAUUUUGAACCGGACAGCGGAAUAAACGGUUCUCCGUCACCGGCGGCGAAGCGUUUCUCCCCGGAAAAGAAGACUCGCUGGCCGUCGGGAGGGAGAGGGGGGUGUUUGAACGGACCAAGUCUUUUCAGUUCUGACCACUGAGAGAGGACGUUUUUGGAUGCACAGAAAGCGGCCAUCGAAGAUCUCACCAUGAACAAAAACAAGCGAGAGAGGGAGUUCUACAGCGUCGACGUAGGGGACUCGACGUUCACGGUGUUGAAGCGGUAUCAGAAUCUGAGACCCAUCGGAUCAGGGGCACAGGGAAUCGUUUGCUCUGCGUAUGACCAAAACCUCGACAGAAAUGUUGCCAUCAAGAAGCUGAGUCGUCCGUUUCAGAACCAAACCCACGCCAAGAGGGCAUACAGAGAACUAGUACUCAUGAAAUGUGUAAAUCACAAGAAUAUUAUCGGCCUAUUAAAUGUGUUUACCCCACAAAAAUCAUUAGAAGAAUUCCAAGAUGUAUACUUGGUUAUGGAGCUGAUGGAUGCCAACCUUUGCCAGGUUAUUCAGAUGGAGCUCGACCACGAGAGGCUGUCCUACCUGCUCUAUCAGAUGUUGUGCGGUAUCAAACACCUCCAUGCUGCUGGCAUCAUCCACAGGGACCUGAAGCCCAGUAACAUUGUUGUGAAGUCUGAUUGCACUCUGAAAAUUCUGGACUUCGGUCUGGCUCGGACCGCCGCUACAGGCCUCUUAAUGACACCGUAUGUCGUCACACGCUACUACAGAGCGCCGGAGGUUAUCCUGGGCAUGGGCUACCAGGCCAACGUGGAUGUAUGGUCAGUUGGCUGCAUAGUGGCCGAGAUGAUCCGGGGUAGCGUGCUGUUCCCCGGCACUGAUCACAUCGACCAGUGGAACAAGGUGAUCGAGCAGCUCGGGACUCCGUCUCAGGAGUUCCUCAUGAAGCUGAAUCAGUCGGUAAGGACGUACGUGGAAAACAGGCCCCGCUACGCCGGGUACAGCUUUGAGAAACUUUUCCCUGAUGUGCUGUUCCCCGCCGACUCAGAACACAACAAACUGAAAGCGAGUCAGGCAAGGGAUCUCUUAUCCAAGAUGUUGGUGAUCGACGCCUCCAAGCGCAUCUCUGUGGAUGAGGCCCUGCAACACCCCUACAUCAACGUUUGGUACGACCCAGCUGAAGUGGAGGCGCCCCCUCCAAAGAUCACAGACAAACAGCUGGAUGAGAGGGAGCAUACCGUGGAAGAGUGGAAAGAUUUGAUUUACAAGGAAGUUUGUGAGUGGGAGGAAUGGACAAAAAAUGGAGUGGUCAGAGGCCAACCACCUCCUUUAGGUGCAGCAGUGAUCGACGGCUCCCCUCAGCCGUCCUCCUCCUCCUCCUCGGCCACCGACGUCUCAUCCAUGUCCACCGAGCCCAGCGACCAGAGCAGAGACCCCACAAUGGCCUCCGACACAGAGAGCAGCCUGGACGGCCACACCUCCCUAGGAGCUCUAGGCUGCUGCAGAUAACCUAUACACACCAACAUACACACUUGCAUGCACACAUGCAGAAAUGAACACAAACACUAAAAACAUCCUCCUCCAUGCACCCACAUCGACAGGAUGUGCUCUGGGACAUGGUUUAGGCCUGCGGGGCUUCUCUUGGUUUGUAGAUCAGUGCUUUUUUUUUCCUGUACAGUUUAUUUUUACCUUCCCAACUCUCUCUCCUACACCGUUGUAAAUGAUUGUGGUUUGAAAAUGUAUUAUUUUUUUUUUGCUGCAAAGACUUGCAGACUGUUUCGACGUGACGCCGAUGUAUGUUUCGUGCGGGGGAGCUGGGUGGAGUGUACUGUACAUGUUGCUGUUUUAAAGCUAUUGCUACGCAAUGUACCGCCAUAAGAUAAAUUAUGAUGACUUUUCAUUUCCCCGUUCGGCAUUUUGCAUUGUUUCAGGACAUUUGAAUGAAUCUUAAUCUUAUUUAAAUUUUACUUAAGCUCAGCGGGCUCUAACGUACUUCAUCUGGGAUCCUGGUGUGAAUGGAUGAUUUUACUAUCCCGAUUUACCCCAUAUUUCCUCAAGAAGGUAUAUGUCAGUGUACUCCGACGACCUUUUUCAUAGAACUAUUUUACCUCUUGUUGUAUGAUUCUUGGGAAACAGAAUAUUGGACCUGGCCGGGUCGUUUUUUUUUUUGUAUUAUGACACAGUGUAUAGCUGACAGCGUUUUACCUUGUCUGUUCAAUUCAUUUGGCUGUGCUGUAAGCAGGAAGUGAUGGGCAGUGCUGGCAGUGCUGUAAACAGGAAGUGAUGGGCAGUGCUGGCAGUGCUGUAAACAGGAAGUGAUGGGCUGUUGGAUGAGGAUGAACAGGGUGAAUGUAAAGUUGAGAAGAACAGCGGCACUGUAAGAAGCCACUGGUAUCGUCACACGGCACUGAGGGGAGCCGGUCCAGGCCGCUCCACCAGAUA